ACAUUUGAGGCCGCGCUUGUGGAUUUCUUGAAAUCGGCUCAGACAGCUCUCCGUCGGAGGAGUCAGCAAAUGGCUCUUGUGCGUGCCUGUGCCGGUUAUGCGCUGCUGCUGCGUCUCUGCUGCAAGGGCAGGCGGUCUGCUUGGCCCAAGGGCUGCAGGCAGAGGUGGGUCAGGGAGCCCGUGGCUGUACGCCCGCCGCUAGUGGCACCGAAACCGUGGCUUCAGCGGGAGAGCCUGGGAGUGGGGAGCCUAGUGCCCCUACCAGUCCCGCGCUCUGCACUUCCCUGUGCCAUCGCUGAUUCUCCAGGGGUCUUGGCCGCAGGCAACCUGGGCAACGGGAGAGGCAUGGCCCGGAUCCCUCUGGGACGGCUUUUCCCUCCGAUGGACUGCGCCUCCCACCCCUCCAAGGCAGGGAUGCCGUGAGCUCAGCCGCAGCAGGACCCUUCUGCCGCCACAGCGGCCCUGCCCUCCGGCGUGCAGCCGCUCUGCCUCUCCUCCCGCAGCCGAAAUGGCCGCUGCUCCCCGCAGUCUCCCCUUAAUGGAGCAGCUCUCCCUUGGCAAACCAUCCUUGCUUGUUGCGAGUUGGAAGGAACAGUCGCUUUGAUCUUGACUCAGACAUGCAUGUGUGGCCCACGAGGGGGGUUUGGCAGGGAUCCCACAGAUUCCCUUGGAACCCAGAAAUCGCUGCCCCGUGGGCGAGCCGGGGGAGUAUGCCAGGAAGGAAGGAAGGAAGGAGCUCCUCAGAGAUCCCUCCGCCUUGGAAAAGGGACUGGUCUUCCCCCUUCGAAUAAGGCUCAGGCAUGCCUGGAAGCAACUGGCUUGAUUCUUCAUUUCUCUGUAAAUAGUUAUGUUUAGUGACCACAUUGCAGCCGGUUCAUUCUGCCAAAGCCCACUGGCAGAAAGCACAAAGCCUUUUCUGUCUUGAACCCCCCUUCUGCGUCGCAUCAGGGCAUGCCUGUUUGGUGCCUCAGCCCACAGCCUGAACUGUUCUGACUCUGCAGUUCUCCUUGUUUUGUCUCAUUUGUCCAGAGGUGGAGGUCACCCCCUUCCCUGACCCCCUGAAUCCCCUGGACAUGGGGUUCCGUCUUCCAGAACUGGGGACGAGGGACUAUGAUUUUUCUGCAGCCGGGAGAGGAAUCCCUUUACCUUGUCUAGGCAAAAAAAGUUUUGGAAAGUGGCAGAGUUUCGGAAAAAUGCAAUAACUGUGUGCAGAUAAAACGGGGACUUACAGAAGCUAGCAUGGAGGUGUGGUUAGGCUGGCAGACGAGGGCAAGGGAGACGAAAAUUCAGUCUUCCACUUGGCCAGGUGACCCUGAGACCUUUGAUAUCUCAAACCUAUUCACAAAGUUGUGAGGAUAAAAUAGGUAAGAAGAAAUGAGAGCCUGGAUGUUUUCUGGAGGCACUUAGAGGAAAAGCAGUACAGAAUGCAGGCAGUUGCACUAACAGAUGGAGCUACAAAGCCAUAGGUAAUCUAUCCCCAGAUACCCCUGGACUGGGUGAACCUUUGGACCGAUCCAGAAAAACUUCUACAAUAGUAUGAGAGCAUUAGGUAAAGCAAGUUUUUGGCCAGGAUGCUGCUUUGCAGACAAGAUGCUGGGAAAAGAAAGCUGAGGAGAGCUGAUGCAAAUUCUGCUUUCCCGGGCCAUUAAAAACAACCUGAGAGCCAAAUGUUGCUGCCGAGAUCACGCUGCAGCCCUAGCAGCCCUCUGAAGCAGGAGGAAUCUGAGAAGAGGUCUGCGAAAACCGAAACCCAGCUCCCCGAGCGAGACAGGGCGGUAUGCUGAGGCAGGGUGUGUGCCAAGAUGAGUACCACAGGCCUGGGGGGCAGCGGCACUUGUCCGGGCAGCGUGGCCUACAAGCUUCGUAUUUACCCUCGGCUGUCGGCGGAAAGCGCCUCCUGCUGCAGCAUCACGGCUGCUAAGGACGCCACCGCGGCCGAAAUACUCAAGGAUGCCGUCGAAUUGCUGAGCCUGGACGCUUCCAAGCAUUACGUGCUCGUGGAGGUGAAGGAGUCGGGGGGCGAGGAGUGGGUGCUGGACGGCAACGAUGCCCCCGUCCACCGGGUCCUGCUUUGGCCCCGCCGGGCCCAAGACGACCACCCGCAGCAGGAGGGCUACUACUUCCUCUUGCAAGAGAGGAACGCCGACGGAACCAUCAAGUACAUCCACAGGCAGCUGGCCGAGGAGGAGGAGGAGGAGGAGGAGCGGGAGGGGGCGCGCUUCCUCGUCCAGAGGGGCUUCCUGCCCUGGCAGCCGGAGGGCUUCAGCGACCUGUGCAACCUGCCCAACCUGACGGAGACGACGCUGCUGAAGAACCUGAAGCAGCGCUUCCUGAAGCACAAGAUCUACACCUACGUGGGGAGCAUCCUGGUGGCCAUAAACCCCUUCAAGUUCUUGCCCAUCUACAACCCCAAGUACGUCCAGAUGUACGAGAACCACCAGCUCGGGAAGCUGGAGCCCCACAUCUUCGCCAUCGCCGACGUGGCCUACUACGCCAUGCUGAGGAAGCGCCGCAACCAGUGCAUUGUCAUUUCGGGCGAGAGCGGGUCGGGGAAGACGCAGAGCACGAACUUCCUGAUCCACUGCCUCACCGCUCUGAGCCAGAAGGGCUAUGCCAGCGGAGUGGAGAGGACUAUUCUGGGAGCUGGACCAGUCCUGGAGGCCUUUGGAAAUGCAAAGACAGCCCAUAAUAACAACUCCAGCCGCUUUGGGAAAUUCAUCCAGGUCAACUAUUUGGAGAACGGCAUUGUCCGGGGGGCCGUGGUCGAAAAGUACCUGCUUGAGAAAUCUCGUUUGGUGUCUCGGGAAAAAAAUGAAAGGAAUUACCAUGUGUUCUACUAUUUGCUGCUUGGCGUCAGUGCGGAAGAGCGGAAGGAGUUCCACCUCAUGCAGCCCAAAGACUAUUUCUACCUCAACCAGCAUAACUUGAAAAUUGAGGACGGCGAAGACCUGCAGCACGAUUUCGAGCGCCUGAAGCAAGCCAUGGAGAUGGUCGGCUUCCUCCCAGCUACAAAAAAACAAAUUUUUUCCAUGCUGUCCGCCAUCCUUUACCUGGGAAAUAUCAGCUACAAGAAGAGGGCAGCAGGCCGGGACGAGGGGCUGGAAGUGGGGCCCCCUGAGGUGCUGGACAUCCUCUCUGAGCUCCUGAAGGUGAAACGUGAAAUUUUAGUAGAAGUUCUGACAAAAAGAAAAACCGUGACCGUGAACGACAAGCUCAUCCUGCCAUACAGCCUCAGUGAGGCCAUCACGGCUCGCGACUCCAUGGCGAAGUCCUUGUACAGCGCGCUCUUUGACUGGAUAGUUCUGCGGAUCAAUCAUGCUCUGCUCAACAAGAAGGAUAUGGAAGAGUCUGUCACGUGCUUGUCCAUUGGUGUGCUGGACAUCUUCGGGUUCGAGGACUUCAAAACCAACAGUUUCGAGCAGUUCUGCAUCAACUACGCGAACGAGCAGCUUCAGUAUUACUUCAAUCAGCACAUUUUCAAGCUCGAGCAGGAGGAAUAUCAGAGUGAAGGGAUCACGUGGCACAACAUCGACUAUACGGACAACGUGGGUUGCAUCCAUUUGAUCAGCAAGAAACCGACGGGCCUCUUCUACCUGCUGGACGAAGAGAGCAACUUCCCGCGCGCCACCGGCCAGACGCUCCUCGCCAAGUUCAAGCAGCAGCAUGAGGACAACAGGUUCUUCAUCGGCACACCCGUCCUGGAACCGGCCUUCAUCAUCCAGCACUUUGCAGGCAAAGUGAAAUACCAGAUCCAGGACUUCCGGGAGAAGAACAUGGACUACAUGCGGCCGGACAUCGUGGCCUUGCUGCGCAGCAGCGACAGCGCCUACGUGCGGGAGCUCAUUGGGAUGGACCCCGUGGCCGUUUUCCGGUGGGCCACGCUCCGUGCCGCCAUCCAGGCCAUGGCCGUCUUCGCAGAAGCUGGUCGGCAGCGCGCGCAGAGGACAGCAGGGGUGGUGCGACACUCACCCAGGAUCCCGCUUGGAGAACUGCAGCAAGGGAACUUCGUGACUGAGAGAGCAUACCGCUGCUCAGUCAUUGAGUUCUCAUUUGAUUGCCCUGAGGAAUUUGGCAUAAGCUCCUUUGAGGACAUCAUCGCUUCCUUCGAAAGCAAGAAGAAGAGCAGAGGCUCGAAGCAGAAGCAGAUCAUCCCAAAGGAUCUGCUGGACACCAAGUCCCUGAAGUUCAUCGUGAGCAUGACACUGCACGACCGGACCACGAAGUCCCUCCUGCACCUGCACAAGAAGAAGAAGCCACCCAGCAUCAGCGCCCAGUUCCAGGCGUCCCUCAACAAGCUGCUGCAGACCCUGGGGAGAGCAGAGCCCUUCUUCAUCCGCUGCAUCCGCUCCAACUCCGAGAAGAGAGAGCUUCUCUUUGACGAGCAGCUGGUGCUGCAGCAGUUGCGGUACACGGGCAUGCUGGAGACUGUGCGGAUCCGGCAGUCCGGCUACAGCGCCAAAUUCAGCUUCCAGGAUUUUGUAGACCAGUUCCAGGUGCUGCUGCCCAGGAACGCCAAAGCCUCCCAGGAAGAAAUCUCAGCCCUGCUGGCCAGGCUCCGGCUGGAUACCAGCAGCUUCCAAAUUGGGAAGACCAAGGUGUUCAUGAAGGAGGAGGUGCGCCAGGUCCUGCAGGACACUCUGCACAGAGAAGUCAUCCAGAAGAUCAUCACCUUGCAGAGCUGGCUGAGGAUGGUGCUGGACAGGAGGCGCUUCCUCCGGGCUCGGCAGGCCGCCAUCACACUGCAGGCUUGCUGGCGCGCCUUCUGUGUCCGGAGGGCUCUGGAGAGAGAGCGUGCUGCCGUCUGCAUCCAGUCGGUCUGGCGUGGGCACCGGGAGCAGAAGUCUUUCCGGAAGCAGCGGGGCAGGGUGUGCCUCCUUCAGGCUCUGGUUCGGGGGCACCUGCAGCGCAAGAGGUUUCAUCAAAUGGUCGCAGAGAAGAGGCGAGAGGAGAGAGCGCAGGAAGCUCUCCGUCAGGAGCGCCAGCCCAGCCACAAGCGCGUCUCCUUCACCUUCGAGGAGCAGCCUGGGGCCUGCAGCACGGACGCUGGGACGUCCCCCGGGAUGCUGGCGGAGAAGGGAGGCCCAGAGCAGGAGCCGCUUCCCUGGAGCGCACGAGGUGCAGCGGGCAGCGAUUCCCCGCUCCUGGGGAGGGGCGCUUCAGUUCCGGAUCUGUCCCCAGGACCAAAGCAGGAGGAAGGGGCCGGCCAAGCAGGCCUCAGCCGGCAGGGGAGACCAGAGAGCCCCUGGCUCCGGGGCAGCCGCAGCUUCACGUACCCCCAGCGGCCCUCAGAGCUGGCCCUGGGCCCGCCGGAGAACUUGCUAGCCACCCAAAGCUUCCGCAGCCCUGCCCGCAAAAGCAAGCUGAGGGCGCCGAAGGGGCCGGGCAGCCCUUCCUCCUUCCCCAUCCAGCGGUACCAGGACGACCAGGACAAGCUGCGAGACAAGCGGAAGUGCUGGCAGGGGAAGCGGCGCAUGGCCAGCCCCGGGCAGAACAGCCAGUCGCUGGAGGAGAGGAGCUACUCGGCUGAGUCCCCGUCCCCACCUUUGCUGAAGAAGGAGCUGGCUUCCUCUCUGGAUCACCUCCCCGGCUUUACCUCUCGAGCAUCCAUGAGUCAGGCAUCUCCAGACGCGGCCGAGGGCGACGAGAGUCACACGAAGCAGCUCGCGCGGCAGAAGGCGGGGGAGCUGCCCCCUGCCCUCGAUGGGGCUGGCACUGCCUGGCCUGCUGCUCAGCACAUGGAUACCAAAUCUGCCUUCAGAAGCCCCCUGCGGAAAUUCUGGGGGAAGAAACCGGAGAAAAAGCCUCCCAGAGAGAGUUCGGACGUGCUGGAGGAGGGCGAGAGCUUCCCGCUCUUCUCAUGCAUGCUACCUCUGGAUGCCGCAGCAGCACCAAAGAGAGCCGAAGCCCCUUCUGGGCCGCCGGCGGAGGAGCGCCCAGCCAAAGACGCCGGCAAAGACGCCGGCAAGGCCAAGCGGACCCGCACCCUCAAGAUCAGCAAAGCCAAACCCGCACCUGGGCGGUGGCGCGCGCCCCGGGACAUCGCCAAUGCCAACGAGCUGAAGCACCUGGAUGAAUUUCUCCUGAACAAGAUAAACGAUCUUCACUCCAAGAAGUCUGCCAUCGAGUGCCUGUUUUUCGAAGCCACGGAGAAGUUCCGGGGGAACCUCAAGACCAUGUACUCUGCCCCGAACGGGCAGAUCCACGUCGGCUACCACGACCUGAUCGAGAACUACCAGCUCCUGGUGGUCAAUAUGGCCAAGCAGAAAGAGGAGAAGGACUUGCGGCCCGUCCUGAAUCUCUUCCGGUCGCUCCUGGAUGAGUUUGCCAGCAGCUAUGCCAAGAAGGAAGAGCCGGAGCGGUCCAAGCAAAGCAAGGCUCAGAAGACGAAGCGGAAGCAGGAGCGCGUGAUUGAGGAAUUCAAUGGCCACGUGUUCGUGAGCUACCAGGUGAACAUCCUCCAGUCCUGCGAGCAGUGCCCCUCCUACAUCUGGCCCAUGGAGAAGGCGUGCCUGUGCCGCAUCUGUAAGCUGACCUGCCACAGGAAGUGCCUGCCCAAGGUCCAGAGCGGAUGCGUGUCCUCGCCAGCCAGGAAGGGCGACCAGGGCGCUGGGCCCCGCCACUUCGGGGUGUGCGUCAGCGCGUUGACCGGCGAGAAGGACUCGGUCCCCGUGGUCAUGGAGAAGCUGCUGGAGCACGUCGAGAUGCACGGCCUCUACACGGAAGGCAUCUACCGGAAGUCGGGCUCGGCCAACCGCAUGAAAGAGCUGAAGCAGUUGCUGCAGGCAGACCCAAACUCAGUGCAGCUGGAGAAAUACCCCAUCCACACCAUCACGGGCAUCUUUAAGCAGUGGCUGAGGGAGCUGCCCGAGCCGCUCAUGACCUUCUCCCAGUACCACGACUUCCUCCGAGCGGUGGAGCUCCCGGGGCAGCAGGAGCAGCUCGCUGCCAUCUACAGCACCCUCGAGCAGCUCCCACAGGCCCACCACGACACCCUGGAGCGCCUCAUCUUCCACCUGGUCAAGGUGGCCCUGGUGGAAGACGUCAACCGGAUGUCUCCCAACGCCCUGGCGAUCGUCUUCGCGCCCUGCCUCCUGCGCUGCCCGGACCACUCAGACCCCCUGACCAGCAUGAAGGACGUCUCCAAAACGACCAUAUGUGUGGAGAUGAUCAUCAAAGAGCAGAUGAGGAAGUACCAGGUAAAGAUGCAGGAGAUCUGCCAGCUGGAGGCUGCGGAGACCAUCGCCUUCCGGCGGCUUUCGCUGCUGCGGCAGAGCACGCUGUGUCCAGUAAAACUUGGGUUUUCUUCUCCCCGCGAGGGAGCCCGGGCCAAGGACCCCCAGGGGGCAGAUGCAGACGGAGGCACAGCAGCCAGGCUGGGCGCCCUGCCUGAAGAGGAGGAACCGGACAGCCGGGAGAAGGAGCUGCUGAUGGAACACAUCCAGUCGAUCAAGGAGGAGAAGGAAGAGAUCACCUACCGGCUGCCGGAGCUGGACCACCGAGGCUCCGAUCUCGACUCCGAGGCUUCGGCCAGCACAGAGAGCCUGCUGGAGGGGGUGCAGUGCCCGGAUCCCCAGGGAAGCGAGGUGCCUCCCCCCCGAAGCAUCAGUCCCUCCACCAAGGAUGUGGCUGGAUCCCCAAGCGCCCCCCCGUUAUCGUCUCCCACCACUGGGGCCACACCUUGUGGCACUCCUUCUCCGACGCUGCUUAAGGGGGUGCCGCUUCAUCAGGGCCCCCCGGAGGCCGGCAGGCCAGGCCAAGCAGCCUCCCCAGGACUGGAAAGCUGACAGACUCGCCCCCCCCAGAAGCGGCAGGCUGCCUGCGGGGGGCGCCAGGAGCGGCUCUGCACCGGCGGGGCCGAUAUUCUGUGCGCGUGUGGCAGGCGGGUGUCUGGAAGGCCCCGCUGGGCAUGCAAGGUUUGGGUCUCCUCUCCCACUGAACCUGCUCAUGGACACAGCGACUGUUGAGGAGCCUGGUGGCUCAGCAGACGGGAGCUGCCAGGAUCAGACCCGGCCUCCUGGGGAGGGCGGUGGCCAUUCACACCUCCCC